UAAUUAGAUUAGAAAACAGCUGAUCUUUAAAUGUCCAAUACUGGUGCCAAAUUCAUUGAUAAGCAAAAAGUGCCAAGAUAUGUUGAAUACCUUGAGAACAUUUACAAAAACUGCCACAAUUGGCCUUACCAGAUCCUCCUUCCAUACUACACCCCCCGUAGCCGCUGGUGGUUUUACUGAAGUUACACAAUGUAAUGGAGUCCGUGAAAUAUGUCUCAACGAACCAAAAACACGCAAUUCCCUAUCAAUGGAUAUGAUGAAUUCCAUUCUGGAAGAUUUAACCGCAGACUGGCAAAAUAAAGAACUGCGUGCUAUCAUUUUAACUGCCAAAGGUCCGGUAUGGUCAGCUGGUCAUAAUCUAAAAGAAUUGGUUCCCGAAAAAGGUGUUAAAUAUCAGACAGAAGUUUUUAAUAAACUAAGUGAAGUCAUUCUAAACAUCUAUAAGGCCCCCGUUCCGGUAAUAGCUAAAGUUAAUGGUUUGGCGGCAGCGGCUGGUUGUCAAUUGGUUGCAUCUUGCGAUUUAAUUGUAGCUUCGGAGAAUAGUAAAUUCUCAACACCUGGCGCCAAUUUCGGUGUUUUCUGUUCCACACCGGGCAUAGCUAUAUCUCGUGUUAUGUCUAGACCACAGGCUGCGUAUAUGGUAAUGACCGGUUUGCCCUUGACUGCUCAGGAGGCAUAUACAGCAGGACUGGUUAGUCGUGUUGUUCCAGAAAAAGACUUGGAUUCCGAACUUGCCAAAAUCACUGAUGCCAUUAAACAUAAAAGCCGUUCUGUAAUUGCUUUGGGCAAGGAAUUUUUCUACAAACAAUUGAACCUGCCAAUAGAAGAAGCCUAUAGGCUUGGAGCUGUGAAAAUGACGGAAAAUCUUGCCCUGAGCGAUUCACAAGAAGGUCUGAAGAGUUUUGUGGAAAAACGUAAACCCCAAUGGAAACAUGAAUGAUAAAACCCUUAACCAACCUUCGUUUUAAAUAUUUAUCAAAUGAAACAUGUGGAAAUAUUCUAAAUAUUUAUUUAUAUUUGAAAGGAAACAUGUGGAAUGCAUUUAUAAAGUAACAUUCUGUGAUUUUAUUAAAAAAAAUCCAAAAGCA